ACCUCUAGGGGCAGUGAAAGCGAAGAGCCCGAAAUUGUGGACAACGGCUGGCCCUUCAAUCCAGAAACAGACGAUCCCAACUUUCCUGGCGCUUAUGCCCGCACUGAUUCCGAGCUUGUUAUCAAUGUUCGAUAUGAUCUUUACCCCGAGGAAACGACGGUUCAAUGGCAGGAGCUUUCUCUUGACGGCAGCGUCCUCGCCAUUGAUGCUUGGGAAACAGUCGACGUUCGCAGCAGUAGUACUGGCGCCUCCUUACUGGACCAGGAGAUCACUUCCUACACACAGCAGACGAACGCGAGUUCACUCUAUCGGCUUCGAAUUACGGACACCUUGCAUGAUGGGACUUGCUGCUUCUUCGGCAACGGAUACUCCACCAUCACAGAUACCUCUGCUGUACUUUGGCAUGGUCGGGGCGACUUUGGGGUCAUGCAAGAAGCUUACGUUUUCGUAAACGAGCAGGGGAUGGCCAAAUCGGUAGUGCCGGUGCAUAUUCCCGGAGUGGGUGAUCUCGUCGUUCUUGAGCGUGAUAGUGACGAAAGCUCAGGUGGGUCCGCAACAGCAAUCCUGGUGAACCAAGAAGCAUGAGAAGCUUUGCAUUGCUAUUGAUGUAUGUUGACAAAUUCAUGAGUGACGAGUCGUGAUGCUGUCGAGGUCCGGGCAACCGCGGGGAAGUUUCAUUGGGAAGGCACAUAGACUUACUAACAUGUUGUAGAGGGGCAGCUGCUAUGGCUUCAUGACUUCGACCGAUCUGGCUGUGCCUACUUCGAAUUAGUCGUAAGCCGUCGCGUGAGAUGAAGAUCAGGAUUUGCAUCGAUGAACUAUGGAGUGGUCGUCCUUGGGCCCGCAUGAGGUCGUUCUCGGGUCUGGGCUGCAUGCAUGCCCCAGUCCUUCAGCGAAACUUCGAGGGCCGGACGGUCAGAUAACUUUUCCAACAAGCCGCUUGUAGUUGGCUGAGAGUUUGGCUGGCUGCCUGUUGUGCAUGAAGGUCGUCGGUUUCUACGUUAUUGGCUGCUUCCGACAGUAGUACAUAAAGCUUCUGCCUGCUAGUACCAUCUGAAAGCGGCAUGGAUUCUCGGUGGAACCCUCGGUUGCCAACCAGCCACUGAAGAAGCACGAUAACGAAGUUCUAGUGGCUAGGUUGUCUUCAAUCUUCAAUCAUUAGCUCACGAGCUUACGAUGUACCGAGCGACACUACGGUAAAACGACGCAACAACCAUCCAGAUGCCAGCAGGAGAGGAGCACCCAUUCUUCUUCGAAGCCCAUAGCUUCAGUUCUACUCGAUUGUAAUUGCCACAUCGCCAAAGUUCAGUAUUUGGGCCAUAAUACUUGACUCGGGGAUCUCAAUGGAAGCAUGCCGCUGGCUGCCUGAGCUGGAGAGCUCUCUGCACUGUGCAACCGAAAGUUUAAGUGCUUCUGCGUCAUGGGAGAGCUCUUUAAAAAGUCUUCGUGGCUUCUUUUGUUUUUUUAAAGAAGAAGGGUGCAGCGCUGGGUGUCUGCGUGUCUUCUGCCUGUUCCAGAGCCAUUCAGACGAGCAGACAAAAAAACUACUACCGGUAACCGGCAGCAUUCUUUCGCAACCACCUUUGCUUCGUCAGAGAUCCUUAGUUAGGUUGCCCUCGAGCAGUCUUCGUUGAAGCUAAGGCUUCUACAUAGUAGAGCUAUUAGUCUGGCUACUAGCUAGGAAACAUCUCCAUGUGGCAACGCCAACUAGUACAGUAUCACUAGAUCUUCUUCCCAAUAGAACAAAAGCAGUUUUGCCUCAAUCCAAGACCAGCCAAUUGGACGAGGCAAUGCAUUCCAUGUUUGGAUCUGAUGCUAGAAGUCUAUGGAAUUUGCCAUUCUAUAGAAUCAGAGACCAUUCUAUAGAAUCAGCGGUUUUCAUUCUAUAGAAUGGGAAGGGCACAGAAAGGUCACAGCACCCUUCCACAGUGGCACCAGCAAGAGCAACAAACAACAACAGCAGCAACACAUGGCGUUGUGCCACAGCCUCGUCAGUUGAUAGUGGAUCAAUCCAUCGCUACUACUGCUACUGCUACAUGUACUACUACUGCUACUGCUACUACAGUCGUAUUGCAAUAAGUCUUCUCUCCUUCAUUGACUGAAUAUGGAGCUUGACCG